AUGAGCGCCCUACCAAAUCAACCAACCACCCAUAACGGGUCACCGUCAGGAGCAGGCCCAGUUAAGCACCGAGCCUGCGAUGACUGCCGGACUCGUAAACUUGCUUGUACCAAGGAGCCGGACGGAUGUGCCCGAUGCAAAAAAGAAGGCCUUACCUGCCACUACUCGGCCCAGAAGCAGAUGGGUAGACCGAGGAAGAAGCCUAAGGCGGAGAGUGCCAGUGUCAAACCGCCAUCUUCGGCGUCAGAUACCAUCCUGGCCCAGCAGCCAUCUUAUGUCACCACUGCAGAGCAGCCUGCUACGGCAGUUCCGGAUAUGCUGAUGGAUAUGGACCCAUCGCCGUUCAUAGACCCGAGCUUGGGCACGCAUCCGGAUGCAAGCUUCUUGGAACUACUCGGCCCAGACUUCGUCUCGACCCAGCCCUUUCAUGCACAACAGUGGCAACCCAAGGCGAACCCGCUGGAACGGGAUAUCUGGAGCUUCGAUAUUAGUUUUGACAACCAUUACCCACCCCCACCGCCGCCGGAAAACAGCGACACAAGUGUGCAUAUGCCGCCAUCACUUAGCACUCCCAGCCUGUCGUCACAGGGAGCAUCAACCCCUGAGAAUGCUCACAGAUCCACAUCAGUCCCCCCAGGGAGCUGUGGUUGUCUUGCGAACCUGUAUCUCGCCCUCGACGCCCUGACACAUCUCCCUACGGAGGUCGAGCCGGCAAUCCGGGCAGCCCGAAGCGCCACGAAGGCGGCCCAUGAAAGCACCCAUUGCCGGGUCUGCUGUCCGCCACUGACCGAGAGCAUGACGAUCACGAUGUCGUCCUUCCAGAACAUGAUGAUCCUCGGCGCCCUGUUCCCCUCCGUCGUCGACGCCUACCGCCGGAUCAUCGACAUGAUCGAGAUCGAGACGGCCCGCGCCAUCUGCGAGCGCCGCCAGAUGCACUUCUCGCUGCCCGGCUACGGCGGCAUGUGGGGACAGCUCGGCUCGGAAGACAACCUGUGCGGCGCGGCCAAGCAGUACGAGGACGUGACCAUGGAGCCGGCCAUGUGGAGGCUCACCAUCCGCGCGCUGCUCAAGGUCGACGUCUACGGCGUCAACUGCGGCCCCGAGGGCCCCGGGAGCAAGUCCCUGCGCUUCUCGCAGAUGGGCCUGAAGGACAUCGUCACCCAGCUGGAGGAGCGGAGCGUGGCCCGGCACGCCGAGGUUGACGCUUUGUUAGAGGCCGGGCUGCCUGGGCCGGUAGGGCCCGUGGGCGUGCGUGCGAAGCAUUCGCUUGGUGAGGAGCCACAGUGCAAGAGGAUCAUUAAGAUAGCAAAGGACGCGAUAGCCUCCUUGGACAUUCCUUGA